AAUUCCGGUUAAGUCAGUUAAGAGUUUAUUAAAACUUGAUUAAUCAAACCCAACCAAACCAAACCGAAAUUGAAAUUGAUUUGGUCAUUAUAACUUGGUCUUAGCGCAAAAGACAAACAACAUUCUCUCUCUCUCUCUCGAGUGUCCUCGUGCUCCGGAUCUCAUCGGAGUUUCUCCAGCAAUCAUUCAUCCGUCGAUCUGUUAGCCGUCCUGGGCCCAAUCUGAAGAUAUCGAUUUGAGAGUCUGCAACAAGGAUCAAUGGCAGUGGUGGAUGUUCACCGGUUCGCAGAGUCAAUCACAUGUCAUGCUUGGAGUCCUGAUCACUCCAUGGUUGCGUUUUGUCCUAACAAUAAUGAAGUUCAUAUCUAUAAAUCAUCACAAGACCAGUGGGAGAGGUUACAUGUCCUCGAAAAGCAUGACCAGAUUGUUUCCGGGAUAGAUUGGAGCUCAAAGUCCAACAAAAUCGUCACUGUUUCCCAUGACAGGAACUCGUACGUGUGGAGCCUGGAAGGAGGUGAAUGGGUACCAACUCUUGUUAUUCUUAGACUAAACCGUGCUGCACUUUGUGUCCAAUGGAGUCCAAAAGAGAACAAGUUUGCUGUUGGAAGUGGUGCUAAAACUGUCUGUAUAUGCUAUUAUGAGCAAGAGAAUAACUGGUGGGUCAGUAAACUUAUCCGGAAACGGCAUGAAUCUUCAGUCACAAACGUUGCUUGGCAUCCUAAUAAUAUUCUUCUGGCAACGACAUCUACGGAUGGAAAAUGUCGGGUGUUCUCAACAUUCAUCAAAGGAGUAGACACAAAGGAUCCAAAAGCAGGCUCACCAGCAGAAUCUAAAUUUGGGGAGCAAAUUCUUCAGCUUGAUCUGUCAUAUUCUUGGGCUUUUGGUGUGAAAUGGUCUCCAAGUGGAAACACGUUGGCCUAUGUAGGUCAUAGCUCAAUGAUUUACUUUGUUGAUGACGUCGGUCCUUCUCCUUUAGCUCAAAGCGUUGCGUUUAGAGAUUUGCCUCUUCGUGAUGUCCUCUUUAUUUCUGAGAAAAUGGUGAUAGGCGUUGGUUAUGACAGCAACCCAAUGGUGUUUGCUGCAGAUGAUACUGGCAUAUGGAGUUUUAUCAGAUACAUCGGAGAGAAGAAAGCAGUAUCCUCAGGUUCCAGUUAUAGUUCGCAGUUUUCGGAAGCAUUUACGAAGUUCUACGGUCAGUCAAAGGCUACAACAGCGAACGAAGCUUCUGAAUCCUCUAAAUCACGUGGGGGCGUUCAUGAUAACUGCAUAAAUUCCAUUGUACCUCUUAGCAAAGCUGAGAGUCCUAAAGUGAUGCGAUUCAGCACUUCAGGAUUGGAUGGCAAAAUAGCCAUAUGGGAUCUAGAGAACAUGGAAGAAGAACUUGGCCAUCAGUUUUAAUAAACACAUAAAUAAAGCAAAUCUGGAUCACAAGUAAGGUUCUACUUCAUCUGUAUAUCAGAUUUUUUUUUCCCUUGCCUUUUGUAACCCUUUUUCCAAAUUUCGUAAUUGUUUCAAUUUGUAAACUACAAUAAUAAAGGCCUUGCUUUACUUGGUUUGUGUUAGGACAGAAAUAAGUUUUGAGCUUUAUGUCCUUUGCCUCUGGAACUUUGUAAUAUCUUGGAUGCUUCAUGAUUGAUUCAUUUUAGUUAUAUAGCAUCUUGUAAUGCCUUUGUUGUU